CGCCUUACCCUACCGACGAUCACACGGUAUACGCGAAAAGUGUUGAUACAACUAUUCGAUUGCUUAUUCGAAUUUUUAUCAAAUAGUGCAAGCCCGGGAUAGUGAGAGUGUAUGAAAGAGGGCGGAGCAUGCGCUCAAGUUGUUAAUUUCACUUUCUAGGGGACACUGCGCGAUGGCUCCCGUAAAUUCACUACGGAUAUGUGCCAUUCUCUGGCUGUUCUGCGCCGUCAGCGUUAGAGCCGAUGCCAACGACAAUACGACAACAACAAAGACAAUAAGAACAACUAUCCUACCGUCAAGGACAACACGAACUGAAUUAAAAGUAUCAAGAAGUCUAAAUAACCACGACACACAAACUGUGAACGUCAGAACGAAAUCUGGCCACCUCACGCAGCUAAUCGUUAAGAAGAAGGAUGGAAAGUCUUCAACACACGCCAGCAGCACCACCCCUGUGCCUACCACGGUUUCGAUUAAAACGACUUUACCAAAUGUCAAAUUUAACACAACCGAAGAUAACAAAAACAAAACAGACUCGAGAGAUCAAAGAAAAAUUAGCUUUGGCCCCGUCAAUAGUGAUUUAGCUGGUUUCGAUUAUUAUAUCAAUCGCAAUAAACACGACGAAUUCAGUGACAUCAAGGCUGAAUACGGAAACUGGUCACCAGUAUCUGUGUAUCCAGAAUCUCACAUUCAAGAAGAUGGUGGCAAACCGGAAGCCGACCCUGAAACUUCCAGCUAUUACCCUACAUACGAUAAUCAAGAAAAAGUGGAAAACAAAAAGGUUUACAUAACAUCGACAAGUUACAUGGACUAUAACGGCCCUAUUAAAAGUUAUAGAUUUGACCCACACAACCCUGUUAUCAAAAAUGAUAGAAACCCGGUAUACAUAGAAGUAGUUAGUACUAAAGUUUCAGACGGUGAAGGUAAAUAUAAAGUGCCUGACCCAGUUAUGGUGAGCUCAGAUUCAAUGUAUGUGAAAAAGGCUAUUGAUAAAUUCAACAAACGAGGAAGAUCAAUUUUAACUCUAGGUGAAGAUGGAAUACCAGAAAUUCAAGGAGUUAGAAUGCCGGAUGACGAGUCAGAUAAGAAGACGUGGAGGAAUGCACGCGUUGUUAAUGGGGAACUUGUACCAUACCCCGAAGGCUACACCCCACCCAAAGCGAUACCAGAAGCCGAUGUCUACCCUGACUUAGCUGCUGCUGAUCCAGCUCAAAACUUGGGACCGUUUACUAAAGAAGACAACUUUGAACCAAAAGAUGGACCGUUCACUAAAUUCGACAACAUUAAAUUCGAUUCGGAUGACUUCGUCCCAUCUGUACAAUAUAAACCUAAAAAAGAGAACCAUUACGUUAAAACUGGAUACGGACCUUUCACGAAAGCUGAUAAUUCUAAAGUGGCGAACUCUAAGCUUAUCGAAUACAUCAAACAGAUCAAUGACCAAGAAUUAAAACGCGAUUACUUCAGCGGUCGCAGUUCAAGAGCUCACAAUGGUGACCUAGAUUAUGCGGAGAGUCACAUUCAAAGGCGUAUGUUACAGCAUCCAGGUGAAAAUAAUUUUCCCAAUUCAAUAAUGUACACUCCGAAAAACGCGAAGCCAGGUUUCGAUGAAAGUGUAAGAAAUCCAGUCCUUCAAUACGCUCAUCCGGAUCUCGGAGUACAACCAGCUAAAGCUACAAGAGAUAACAUUGAGAAUUAUGAAAAUAAACGCAAAAUUAAUUACUAUACUAGUGUUGUACCGAAAAGUGCUCACCCUUACCCAAUGGAACCCAUCAACGGAUAUAAUCAGCAACGCAGUCAAAACAUUCCAUCUAACAACCGGUACUAUGAGGAUGAAUACAACAAGUUCUCAUACUACGACCACAGCCCGGCAAAAUACCCGUAUGGAUAUGGUUACAUUAAACGCGUUCCUGAACCAUCACUAUGGCAACGCUUCACAAAUUCUAUGAAAGAUACCAUCAACAGUGCAAGUCAAACUGUGCAACAAUUCACGAAACCUUUAAUGGACCCUAUUGCUAAAGUAACACAGCCAAUAUUCGAUCCUCUCGCGGAAGCCACACAAAAAAUAUCUCAUAACCUAGGUUUGUAUCCCUCAAAUUCAUUACAAAGUCAGAGAUAUGCACAGGAUAAGAUUGGAGUAGCUGCUGCGGCUUCCGGCGCACCAGCGAUGUUACCAGCUUUAGGACUAAUGGCGGGUGGUGCUGCGUUAGGCCUCGGAGCAGUAGCCGUUGGAAGACUGUUUGACGUCAAUCUAAUGCGCAGCGCUGACGAUAGCGCGGACGAAAAGGAACACAAGCGAUCCUUCGGGGACGCAGUUUACGAUUACGACAGAAAAAUUCUCAGCAGGCAAAAGUUCUACGACGACAAUUACAAGAUGCCAAGCGAGAACGUAUACGUGGUUAUGUCUCCAGACGGUAGCGAUAGGACGAAACGCCACGUCAGCUUCUACGAGCCCUUCCAAGUUGUUUCUGGUGUGAGACAGCGGCGGAGCGUGAAGCGAGAUCUCGUGGACGACAUGACGGACGACUUGCAGCACAUAGACUCGAACCCGGCGCAGUCGAGCCUCACGUCCGCGGCCAUGGACCUGGUGAAGCAGACGGACUGGAGGGACUCACAGUGUGCCAAAUUCACAUUCUGCAAGGUCCUCACCUCACAGCCGUCAGACUCUAUAUUUGCGAUGGAAAAGAAAAUGGAGUCGCUUCUUAAAAUGUUAUCAAGAGGAAACAGCGCGAACGCAGCUGCAGUGGCCCACCAGCUCGGAGACGUGAUGGCGGCCAGCAGGGACCACGACUGUUCACGAUUUUAUUGUGAUUCACAGUGAUAUCUAUAGCUUAACAACUCUACAGAACCUAAAAGUGUAAUAAUUUAUUUAUUUAUUCAAGCAACCAGGUCUCAUUUUGUUAGAAACAAAAAAUUUUUAAAGAGCUGUGUUAGUCUUAAAAUAAUUAAUUUAUUAUUAUGACUAAUGACAUUGAUUUAAAAGUGAAUCAAAUCAAUACUAAAAUAAUUGUAAUUUAAUUGAUAAAAAAUUAAUCGCAAAUAUAGUUCCUGUGACACAUUUAGGAUUCGCAAAAAUCUGUAGAGUUGGGAACUACAUAUACAUGUGGACCACAGAUGUGGACACUAGAUUAGGAAACAAAUGAAAAAUUUAAUUGUUAUUUAUCCGUCUGGAUAGACAGAUAGAUUGUGUAGCUAUAUUUUACGAGCAUCUAUAGCUAAUAUCAACAUCCAUUAUGCAAAUGUUUUGCAUUGUCGACAUGGAACAUGAUAUUGGCCUAAGAUAUUUGAGUUAAAAGUUAAAUUCUAUCAGAAAAAAUUGAUACAUGCUUAUUUAUGAAUCUAAAACAGUUGUCACUUUGCAAUCAAUUUCGAAUUUUAAUAGAAAAAAUGCAAUUGCUAGUAUCCGAUUAUAUUGGCCAUGUUGUGUUUAAAAAAACAAAUUGACAUUUGACGGUUAGCUUUCCCUCCAUUUUUCUCAUGUAUUCAUCAGUUUUAUAUUACCACAUAAGUACCUAGUUAGUGUUAUUUAUUAAUUGAUGACUUUUAUCGAUAAAUAAUAUAAGUUGUGAUUAUAAUGUAAUAAUUUAUGAGUGAUUUUAACUUUAAAUAAAAUAGGUAAUAUUAGAGUUUAUAAGUAUAGGACAUAUUUAACAAACAGUAUUGCCAUGCCACUAUAGCGAAUAAAUAAAUUGUAAUGUGGUGUACUAAAAUCGUUAACAUACUUUCAGGAUCGAUGAUUAAAAAUAUUUAAUACAAGUUUAUUAAACUUAAAAUCAUUCCACUUAUUUCUUACUUUGUAAAAUACUGAUAUCAUCAUAGUAGAUAGAUACUCUUUUAAAAUUAUAUCCAUUACCUAUUUCUCAUAAGAUAGUAGAUAAUAGAAUGUGUACAAUAAUGUUAAAUUUCUAGAAAUUAAUUAAAUACAGUGUGUUUCUUCUUUGAAAAUUUUGCUGUUGUUUUAAGCCCAGAGUAUAUUUUAACGUUUGAACGAUUUCCAUCGUUUUACGUGUCGCACAAAAUUGAAGAUAACUUGAUUACGUCAAGUACGAAGCAAUUUUGUCAAAAAAAAUAUUUGAAAAAUUCUUCGGACAAUUUUAUCCUUAUAUUUUCGGGAGAUAAAGAAGAACAUGCUGUAUAUUAUUUUAAUGUUCCGUAUAAUCCAAUACCAGUAACUUAUAUUAAUUCCAAAGUUCUAUAUGCUUUCAAUAUAAAUGCUUAAAUUAUAUUUUAUAAAGUAAAACUAUUUAUUUAAAUUAUUCUAGACGUGCGAAUAAGGUGUAAAUACGCUUCGAAAAUGUAAAUUAUUUAUUUAUUUUUACAAUAAAAACUUCAAUUUAA